UGCGAUCUGACAGCGAGAAAACACAGGAAGUGCUGAGACAUUAACACACACCACUGCUCUGUCAGUCAGUCAGUCAUUAGAGAGACAGGAUGGAGUUCAGUCCACUCGCUGUGAUGCUCUUGCUGAUUUCACUUAUACCAGUGGCCCAUGCUCAAGGGAGUCCUAAAGUUGUGGUGUCCAUAGCGCCUGAUACACAUGUGUUCACUGGAGAGACAGUUACUCUCAGAUGUGACGUACAGGGAGGAGGAGACACUCAGUGGACAUACAGCUGGUAUAAGAAUAAUAACAGACUCACAGACCGCACAACGCAGGAGUUCAGAAUCUGGUCUGUUCUAUACGUUCACCAUGGUGUCUACACCUGCAGAGGACAGAGCAGUGACUCUCAGAGCUCAGAGAUCAGUGAUGCUGUUACACUGACUGUAUCAGAAAAACCCACACCGACUGUGAGAGUGAAUCCUCAGAGCUCCGUCUACACUGGAGACACCAUCACUCUGACCUGUGAGCUGCAGUCGACUGGAUGGGAGAUUCAAUGGUACAAAAAUAAUCAGUCGUUACAUCCUUUGAGCACUGAAGAAACAGACACACUCAAAGUGACAGACGAUAAUGAUGGAGAAACAGUGUACCAGUGUCGAGCACGCAGGAGAAACUACAAGGGAGGGUACCACUCCUACUACUGCACAGAGUUCAGUGAUCCUGUCAAUAUUACAGUGAGAGAGAGACCAGGGGCAGUACUGAGUGUAUCUCCACAGAACUGGCUGACUGAAGGAGACUCAGUGACUCUAAGCUGUGAGAUUACAGACUCCUCUACAGACUGGACAUUCAGCUGGUACACAACUGUUCCCUACAGAGACGGCUUAACUCAAAUAAAACAUAAUCAUGGCUAUAUCAUGUAUGUGGAGCUCCUCUCAGACAGCAGCAGAGGAUCUGGAGGCAAAUACACUCUCAGUCCUGCUGCUCUUCAUCACACAGGAGUUUAUAUGUGCAGAGGAGAGAGAGGAGAACCAGCCUUUCACACACAGUACAGCAAUCCACAGACACUAUGGAUCACUGGUGAAUCUCCUCCAGUCUCUCUGAUCAUCAAUCCCAGCAAAACUCAACACUUUACUAAUGACUCUCUCUCACAGAGCUGUGAGGACCAGAUUAACUCUACUAGAUGGAGAGUGAGACGAUACACACACAGUGAGAGAGUGUUAGAUUGUUCAAGGGGAUCAGUUACAGGAUCUACAUGUGAAAUCAGCUUCCUCUCCACAUCCUACACUGGAGUUUACUGGUGUGAGUCUGAAUCUGGAGAAAACAGUAAUCCUGUCAACAUCACAGUGCAUGAUGGGGAUGUGAUCCUGGAGAGUCCUGUCCAUCCUGUGACUGAGGGACAUCCUCUGACUCUACGCUGUUUAUAUCGAUACCCAAAUUCCUCAAACCUCCGAGCUGAUUUCUAUAAAGAUGGAUCAGUUCUCCAGACACAGACUACAGGAGAGAUGAUCAUCCGAACUGUCUCAGAGUCAGAUGAAGGUUUCUACCACUGUAAACACCCAGAGAGAGGAGAGUCACCGAAAAGCUGGGUCUCAGUCAGAGCUUCAGUCUCAGAUUCUAGAGCCAGUGGUGGAACAGUAGGAGUGGCUGUGGGUUUGGGAUUUUUGUUCAUCGCUUUACUGAUCUUAAUGAUCCUGCUGUGGUCCUACAAAAGAAAAAAAGAAAAUCAGACAUCAGAGCAGAAUCAGAUCCGGUCAGGAGCUGAAGACUCUCAGUCAGGACACACACCACUUCAGGCUGGAAGUGAAAACAUUUAUGCCGCUGUAGAUCAGACAGAUACGAGUGGAACAGGUGAAGCUGCAGCUGAGAUCAGAGAAGCCACUUACGCACAGGUCACGAAGAAAAAGAAGACAAACAGGAACAAUGGUGCUGAUGCUGAACCCGGUGUUGAUGAUGUGACUUAUGCUAAGCUGGAAAUAAAACCAAUGAUAAAAGCAAAGAGAAUGAAAGAAAAGGCCAGUGUGGGUGAUGAUACUGUCUACUCAGAGCUGAAGCACAGCAUGGAGUGAGACAUGUGUCUGUGUACACUGAUGAAGCUACAGUUAUCACACAGACCGCUGGAAAACUGGGAUUUGUGUUUGUCUUCUGUUUUUCCUAAAAUGCUCAGAAAGUAAAAUCUGCUCAUCCACUUCCUGAACACAGGAACAUUAUACUUAUACAUUUUUCUUUUACUGCUUUUCUUUUUCUACUCAUUCUGUUUAGAGUGCACAAAUACAAUUAAUUAAUACAUGUGUCUCAUUUGCACAUUAAAAAAGAAAAACAAAUCAUAAUACGGUUAAUUUGUAUUAAUGUACUUUCAAAUGGAUACAUAUAGAAGUAAAAGAAAAAUAAAAUAUGUAUUUUAGGGUGCAAAACAUUUGUAUAAAAUUAUAAAAAAGGUUUCUUCCAAUUUAAAGCAUUAUUUAAGGUGAAACACGACACUCUAAAAUACUUAUUUUUCUGUUCCUCAUAUACUAAUUCCACUGAGCGUACAUUAAUAAUUAAUUUAAUACACAUGUGGCUCAUUAUAUUUAUUUUUCUUUUACUCAUAAACUUACACGUCAGUGCUUUUGGUUGGUUUUUGGUUGGAUACGAACACUUGGUAUCUGGUUCUGCACAUACCAAAGAAGAAGAAACCUGAGUGAAGUGUGUAAGGCUUGUCACUGUUUUCUUACACAAAGUAAGUUAUUCUUGUUCAUGUACAAAACUUCACGGAGGAAAUAAUGAAUUAAGAUGAAAGUAAAGUUGGCCGGGACGAAUAUUUAUAUUUUUGGUUCUGCAAAAUGCUGUCCUGCAACAUUGCUGCCACACACACACACACACACACACACACACACACACACACACACCUUUUUAAAUACAUGUUGCUUUAGAAUUUUUUCUCUUUAUAGUUGACAUUUUUGUAAACAUUUAUUAAUUGUUCAUAUUUACACCAUUACAAAUGACCUGAUGCUUUGUAAGUCGUUUCACCUCGUUCAUAAAUGUCACCUGAAAUGACUUUGUUUGUGGUUUAAACAAACUAACUUUAAUUACUGCCAGAAAAAUAUUUUCACUUAAAGAAAAGUAGAAAUCAUUUGACUCACUAUUGGCAUUUAACAAAAAUAAAAACAUUUUGAAGUGACUGAAGACGACUGAAUGAAUGAUGUUUUUUUCUAACACAUCUGAGGCACUGGCACUUAAAUGCAGUUCGGUUGCUUUUCUGUCAUAAACACCUGGAGUAAAAUUGUAAU